UCUGUUGUUUGUUGUUUUGCCGAAAGGAUCAUUUUCGCAAUAUAUAAAUUAUUUUUUAUAAUAAACAAGAAAAUAUUGUGGAAUAGUAAUCAGCAUCAGUAUCAGUUUGAAAGCUCCCGUAGAAAAAUGGUGAAAUUUCCUCCUGUCCCGGCAGAAGUGAAGCCGCUAGCUCAUCUUUUGAAAUUGGCUGAAGAACAUGACGAGCGUAAUGUUGUUGUUGCCUACUGGGCUCGCAUGUCGGCUUGUUUGCUCGCUCUGAAAUUGGUGCCCGGUAAGAAGACCCCAGAAACUGCUGAACUGAUUAGAGCUCUCUUGGACUGGCUAGAGAAAACCAAGAAAAUCAAUGCAGAUAAUGAUGGCCUCAGUAGCGAAACGACAGCUCAAGCCCUGAUUGAAGAUUAUGCCCUGAAAUUGUUUCAGUAUGCUGAUCAACAAGACCAAGCAGAAAUUUUCAAUAAGAACACUGUCAAGACUUUCUACACAGCUGGCAUGUUGAUGGAUGUUUUGGAUCAGUUUGGAGCUCUCCCUGAUGACAUCAGAGAGAAGCGCAAGUAUGCUAAGUGGAAGGCUGCCUAUAUCCACAACUGUUUGAAAGCUGGUGAGGUACCAUUGUCUGGACCUCCAAAACCCUACAAUGUAGGUAGUGGUAUUGUACAUAACAGUCAGUUGUCAGAGGAAGAGCUGGCUUCUUAUACCAAAUAUACUGGGCCUAUCAAUUUUGAAGAAUUGAAAAAGCCGCCCAACCCCGUCACACCCCCUCCCGACUUCGUCAUCCCCUUCAACCCACCGCAAAAACCGCCCACCGACGACCCCGCUGACUUCUUUCACGCCCCCGCCUCCUCCCCGAUCACGCCCCUCGUGCCCCUCGACCCGCCCUCUUUCCCCGCCUUCGACGACCAACCCCCGCCCGCGUCGACCACGCCUAUCCAGCCACCUGUGGUGACCACGCCUAUUCAGCCACCUGUUGCGACCACGCCUAUUCAGCCACCUGUUGCGCAUGCGGCCGGCCAGUUCGCUCCCACUCCCGAGCACAUCCAGAAGGCGCAGAAGUUCAGCAAGUAUGCGACGUCGGCGCUGAACUACGACGACGUGAAGAACGCGGUGGAUUAUCUGCAGAAGGCGAUGAAUUUGUUGACGAUGGGCAGGGAGGAAUGAGGCUAAUGAGAGGCGUGGCUUGGGAGAAAC